CCUCUGUAGUAAAUAAUAAAAAAUUAAGAGAGAGAGAGAGAGAGAGAGGAGGGAGGGAGAAAAGUACCACACCAAUCCCGUAACGCAAAAAACCUCUCUUCAGUUUCUCUCCUCUCAAUUCUGUUAUUACGGGGAGGAUGAGCGAUUGAUGACCCCUCCUCCUCUAAACGCCGUAACGGCUCUUCCUUAGAACGCCGUUACUCCCCCACCCUCCGUUAAGUCACGUGCCUUUCGAGAAAUUAUAAGAAAAAAAAAUACAUCUUUCAUUAUUUUCUUUAAUUAUGGCUCUAGAGCAGCAAUUAAACUUAACCCCAACUCAAAACUCCGUUGACGGCGAAAGAACUAACGGCGUUGACACCAGCAUCCGUGACGGCGGAGAUGACGGGAACAAAGCACCGAGACUCCCUCGUUGGACCCGGCAAGAAAUCCUAGUACUCAUACAGGGCAAGAGAGUGGCAGAAAACAGAGUCCGAAGAGGUCGGGCGUCGGGUAUGGGCAUCGGGCCGGGUCAAGUGGAACCAAAAUGGGCUUCAGUAUCUACUUACUGUAAAAAACAUGGGGUGAACCGGGGACCGGUUCAGUGUCGUAAAAGAUGGAGCAAUUUAGCUGGUGAUUAUAAGAAGAUAAAGGAAUGGGAGGCUUCAAUAAGAGAUGAAACGGAGUCGUUUUGGUUCAUGAGGAAUGAUUUGAGAAGGGAAAGGAAGUUGCCUGGGUUUUUUGAUAGGGAGGUCUAUGAUAUACUCGAUGGUGGUGGUGGUGGUGGUACGGUCCAGGGAUUGGCACUAGCUUUGGCGCCAUCUUCGGCGGCGGUAGAGGCGGAGACAGUAGCGGAGGGGGUGGUUUUUGAUAGUGGACGGAGUGCAGCGGCGGAGGAUGGGUUGUUUUCGGAUUUUGAGCAAGAGGAAGGAGGAAGGAGUCCGGAUGCGGUAGUUAAGGAGUUGCAGCCGAUAAAGGCGGCGGUUGCUAUUCCGACGCCGAUUUCAGAGAAACAGUACCAACCAGCUCCACAAGCAAGUGAAGCUCAAGGUUCACUAAAUGAUAAGAGACCUUCUACAAAUCCUGAGAUGGGUUCUGCUUCACAUGAGGAUCGGAAACGAAAACGGUUUGCAAUAGAUGGGGGUGAGGAAACCGUCAGCUCACAUAGCCAUUUGAUUCAUGUCUUGGAAAGGAAUGGCAAGAUGCUGACCGCUCAGCUUGAAGCUCAGAACACCAAUUAUCAGUUGGACCGGGAGCAGAGGAAGGACCAUGCAGAUGGCUUGGUUGCUGUUCUUAAUAAGCUUGCGGAUGCCCUUGGGAAAAUAGCUGAUAAGUUGUAGCUAAAGCCAGAUAGGUGAUGUGUACAUAACAAGUUCCUAGUUCCAUAGAUUUAGCUGGGGGGGUGAAGUAUUGGUGAAUUGAUUUUGAUGAUUUAUCUUAGGACCUCAUUUCACACCUUGUUUUUUUUUUUUUUUACUAUUUUUCCUUACAGUUCCCCACUUUUUGGGCUCCAGUGCCAUUAUAGGCCAUAGGGUCCUUGGGUAGAUAAUAAACUCAGAGAUAAGCAUAUACACCACCGCAUUUCUGCUUCUUUAUUGUUAUGACUUGUAUGUUUGGGGAUUUGUACAGGUUACUCGUUAUUUUAAGCUACAGAAGGCAUUCCUUACA